AUGGCAACAAAAGUUUGGACUCGACAGACCGAAGCUGGUGCUGCGCUGCAAAAGGUUCAGGAAGCUAUCCAGAACCCAUCGGCAACAGCAAUCCCAAAGCCACCUUCUGACCUGGAAGAGCUCAAGGCCGACAGUGACUCAUUCACUUUGGCAUCAUUCACCACAGAAGAUGCCUUUGCACUUGGCAAUCUUCUCUAUGCCCGCCUUUACCCGUUCGCUACUGAAGGCAAGCCGACAGUAAUUUCAAUUGCUCUCGCAAACACCUCCCAGGUCAUCUUCCAGACCGUUACUGGACCCGGCACGGCACCUGACAACGAGCAAUGGGUUCGUCGCAAGAGAAACACCGUCCUCAGAUUCGGGUCCAGCACGUGGUUCAUGCACAACAAGUUGAAGGGAGAUGAAGUAGCAUUUGCUGCCAAGUAUGCCAUCGCUGACUCAAACAAAGGGGACUACGCGAUUCAUGGCGGAGCUAUCCCUAUUCGCGUUCAGGGGGUUGAGGGAAUUGUUGCUAUUGUUGUGGUCAGCGGUCUUAAGCAGGACGAAGACCAUGGAGUUAUUGCCGAUGUUAUCAAGAAUAACUGGAAAUAA